UGUCAUUUUUGUUCACGUUUUUUUGGACAAAUUUUCAAAUCAAACACAUCUGGACAAAGUCAUCAUUUAGUAAGCCCUAGUAUGUGUUAAUUCCACAGAUGUAAGGAAUAAAAUGAGUACAACACAGGUACCUUGAAGUCAAAUCACACCAUGACUCUCUUUAAUCUUGAAGACCUCCAACGACUAAGUGCCGAUCCAGAGGCUUCCUUGGCACUACGGGAGGAGUCCAAACGCAUCCAGUCAUCACCCAACAUAGUCUUCCUGCCGUGCCAUCUGCAGUUUGUGCGUAGCAUCAAGGGAUGUUUCUACCUCGGCUUCAUUAUCUUCACAUGGGCCUAUAAUAGUUACUUUAUUCCUGAAAUAGUGUUGCUCCCCCAGUAUAGAGAUGGAAGUAUCAGCUGUUUUCCUGUUUUGUGUUACUACAUGGUAUCAAUUUGCACACUUGUGUCCCUGUUUAGGGCAGUCACCUCUGAUCCAGGCCGUUUGCCCUUUGACCUCAUGCCAACCCCAGCCGAUAAAUUAAAUUGGACGCACUGCCAACGUUGUCUCAUCCAGCGACCCCUGAAGUCACAUCACUGUAGAAAAUGCCAGAGAUGUGUACGACGGAUGGACCAUCAUUGCUUUUGGAUAAACAAUUGCGUCGGUGAAGACAACCAGUGGAUAUUCCUCCUACUUGUGUUUUAUGCAUUACUGCUCAGUCUCUACACACUGGUCUUAGAUACUCUACAUUUCUACUACUUCCCAACGUGCAUGUCUUGUGAUUCACUAUCUUUCUUAUUUCGUCACCAAAGAUAUCUGAUGUACCUGUCAUGCAUACUCGGCGUCACUCUAACAUCUCUGGCAGGGAGCCAAGUUCUACAGCAAACAAUAAAUAUCCUUUCGAACCGAUCUACGGUGGAAUCCAUCAUACACGCACAUAAACCCAUGCAUGAGAGACCAACUGUCAUGACUAGAUCGGCCUAUGAUAGUUUCCGGGAUGUCUGCGGACCAGGGAGGGUGCUCUGGUGGUUCAACCCAUUCCGACGUCAUACUGGAAAACCAAACGUCUAUUACUACCAACAAACUGUUUGAGUACUGGGCACAGUUUCAUAGAGCUGCUUAAAGCACAACAAGUAGCUAAGCAUAACAAAAUUAUGCUUACCAGAAUAAGGUAACCAGCAAAAAUACCAUGUCAGAACUACAUUGUGUGACUGGCAUCCUGCUCAUCAGUGCUUAGUAGAAAUUUAUUCAAGGCAGUGUAACUACUCAAAAUAAUUAUUAUCAUAAAACCUUUCUUGAUUCUGAGUAAUGGGAAGGGGUUGAUGGUA